AUGACCGUAUCAGCACUAUCAGACUUGCAAGACCUUCUUCAACCUCCACCCAUUGCCGCCUCGUAUCGUGAUGCAGCCACUGUCAUUAGUAGAGCAACAAGUCGAAUUCAGCAAUGUCUUGACACAAACGACAUGGACCAACUAGUCAGCUUGCUUGAGGAUCGUGCACGACAAUUGGCCUUGGUCGCUUCGUUUGACACCGCUUUACGUGACGCAGCCGUCAUUCAAUCGUUGGACCCGUCGUCUGCUAUCGGCUAUCAGUGUGCUGGGGAUGUUUAUAUACAACAAGGACGACAGCUUGCAGCUAUCAAUGAAUACACCAAAGGACUUGAGAAUAUGGCCGUUCCUGAUCCACAGCUGGAGAGAUCAAUACGCGUUGCCAAGGAGCAUUUGAGCAAAAAGAUGGAUCCUGUUAGCUUAUUACCUGAAGAAGUCGUGGCGACCAAUAUCAUACCGAGAUUGAUGAGAGACGAGCGGUUGCAUUCAUCCAAACCAUGUCCCUAUUUGUAUGUUUCCCGGAUAUGGCGAGAGCGGGUUCUUCAAUACGAUUGCCUUUCUUUUUGGUUGUCAACGAGAUCACCACAUGACGCUGACAAGGACGUGGCUGAUCAAGUGCAGCAUGCUGAAUUGAUCCGCUUUGCACCAUUCAUCAAGAAACUUUACAUGAAACUAGAAAGCAAUCAUGAUCCAUGUCAUAUCCUCGAACAAGCGACUUUUAGGAAUAAGCAAAGAAAUGCUCGCGACUUUGGACCUUUAUCUAUCAUACAAGUGAUCGGCCAUGGAUUGACGCAUUUGGAUAUGGAUACUCGAUACGAGAUGGAAAUCAAUUUGGAAGAUUUGAUGGGAACAUGUCCAAACCUUGUAUCAAGCAGACUCGGCUCCGAGGUUUUAUUGAAUACGGCAUCCCUGGUCAACAAUCAUGUAUACCCAAAGAUGAUCCAUUUCGAGAUACGGAACCAGCGGACCACCCUUUCUCAAGAGAAUCUUGAAGCCAUGUUCAAAGCCUUCCCUUCAUUGAUCAAGCUCAGAGCAACACAUGGUAAAGGCACAAGAUCACUUUCGUUGAUCCAUCGAUAUUGCCCACGAAUACAAUGGAUUGAAUACAAUGGUGCACCCUAUGCGCCUGCCGAGCCUCCUCCUUAUCCAAGUGACCAUCAUGAUAAUGACCAUCCUAACGCAAUCAUUCUUCGUUCCAAUGUCAAGUUUCAUAUGGAUGAUGUGGUCUCCGGUGUUCGUUCGCAUGCUGACACUCUUGAGUUUUUCGACUUUGUGGGGAGAUUUGAUGGUGGCAUGCCGAGUAAUAUGGAUCACACACCCGUUCAUUUUCCUCGACUGAUACAAUUCGGGCUCUACAGCAGGAGGCGCUAUGACGUUCGAUUUUCUUGUUGGAUGCUUUCGAAUUCGCCUAAUUUGGAAUUUGCCAGAUUGAGAGCUUCCGGUGUUCUUUCUGAGACACUCGAUUGCUUGCGAUCAUCGCGUCAUUUGAAGCGAUUACAAAUUGCACUAUCUCCACGACCAGCUCAAGACGAUUAUCAUCAGGCAUUGGAACGGUUUUUUCAGCAUCAUGUUAAACUCGGCAAGACAUCGAGCUUGGAAACCUUAUCCUUGUACAGCAUUCCUCCACCAUCAUCGAAUGAUGACACUGUGCCUGUUCUUGCCUCUUGGCUAUUGUCUGUCGCCCACCUCUCACGUCUCAAGUCUCUCACGCUACAUGUGGAAUUCGAUAUGGAUGCCAGCUUUUUGCCGUUUAUGAAUGCAUUAUCGCAACAUUGUCAUAUCCUGGAAUUUAUCGAUUUGUGCUGCUUUGAGUAUUCGGUGGAAGAAGGGUCGCUUUCUCCAUUGCAGCGCCUCAGAAAUCUCAAGCAUGUAGGAAUUCACGCAAGGACUCUACCUGAAGAAGACAUUCUGCACUUCCAAAAUUUUCCUGCCUUAAAGCAGCUAUACGUUUCCACCAACAUGUUGAGCCAGAAUACACAGGAUACGCUUUUAGCCAGCAUCGAAAAAGUAGUCAUCAAAUGCACGACAUACACUACCACCGCUGUUUGA